GAAAGUGAACACUAUAGGAGAACAGGAUACACAAAUGCAGGACGAGAGGACUUUAGAUUUGGAGGACGAGGAGCAGGCAGCUGAGAGAUGUGCAGGCGGAGUGGAGUAUCCUUUGGACGGUGGAGUUGAAAUGGAAUCCGUGUACAAUAUAAAAUUUCCAUUGCCAGAACAAACGGAUCCAGAGCUAUGCCGCGAUGAGUUUCUCAAGAACGUACUGGAGCAGUACAAGACGAAGGUGGAGAAGAAAACGCGAUCGCAAAGAUCGCGAGAGUUGACAUUCAUCGGGCUUGAUGGACCCGAGAAGACACUCGAGGCAUUGGCCAUCAAAGAGAUGAUUCGACGCUCCAGAAUGUCAUCAAGGGGCACAACAGUCGUGAGCAUCAUUCAGCGGCGUACCACGAGGCUUUACGAGAUAACGCUGGAGUGUCAGAAGGCCUCCGUCGACUUUAUGUUGCCACGCCUGCGCAAGCAGCUGGGACUCUUCAGUAAUCCCUGGCCCGGGGAGAUAAACAACAUGCCAAAUAAGCUGUUUCAUUGGUCGGUGGACCACUUCAUGCAGCGUUUGCACAUCAAUCAAUUGUAUCUGGAUGUCAUCCAGCGGGAGCGAACCAAAAGCGACUUGGAUUGCGUCAAGUUUCGCACGGAUCUGCACGAGAUAAUAUCGCUGUUGCAAGAGGUCCGAGACGACUUCAUCGAGGGACGAGACAUAUGCGAAUAUUCCAUGAAAUUGAUACAUGCUGCCAAAUACACUACGAACCCAAAAUGGGUUCAUAAUUUCAACAUGGCCCGCCAAUUGCAGGAGGAGCUGAAGUACAACUCCUUUACCAAUCGAGGCUCGAAAAACUACAGAAGGAGCACCGAUAACCGACAGUCGGGCAUGAAGAUUGACUUCGAGCACCAACAGGCUGUUGGACCCAUUGAUCUGCGGUAUCGCAUCAAUUGGAUGCACAGCUGCAGUGAUCAGGUACUGAUGCGACUGCAGGCCAGAGAGGAGCUCCUGCAGACCGAAUUGACCGACAUCAGAACCCAUAUGAAACAGGACACAAUGGUGCACAAUAAUUCAGAGUUCGUGUACGCAUACCUGAUUGAUUCCUUUAAGAAUAAGAUCAAGGACUGGGAGGAGAAGCUGGAGACUGAUAUGGAGAAGGCCGAACUGAUGUGCAAUCAAACCAGCAACAUGUUGCAAAAGGUCAAGGAUGAUCUCGUUUUCUACAGGGAUCAGCAGGAAAUGUUCAAGCGACGAAUAAUCGAGGUCAGGGCUCAAAUCGAGCAGGAGGAAAGGGAUCGCAUAGAGGAGGCGGAAAUACGGGCAACCGCCUUGUCUCUGAAAUUGUUGAAUAAGCAAAACAAACGUCGCGGCAAGGACAAGAAAAAGAAAUUCUAAAGUUCUCUCGAGUGAAAACAGUUUCGUCAUUCAAUCAAUCAAUUUAUUUAUGUUGGCAACCCAAACAAAAUAAUCAACAAAUAAUAACAGAAAAUUCAUGAACUUAA